UCAACACGAUCACAUUACCGCCCUUUAAUACAAUUACACGAAAGUGUUAUACCACAAGGAUCCUCGUCCCGUACUGUUGAUCACAAUGGUUGUAAGCAGGGCCGCACUGUUAAAACUUUGUCUUUUUUCAGUUGUCCUGGGUAACACAGCUCAUGCACAUGCUACAACUACAGAUGUUACAUGUGUCCAGGGUUCCGGGCACUGUGAAUCAGGUGACCAGUGUAUUGUAAGUGAAUGGUGGUGCGAUGGCGAAGCUGACUGCACAGAUGGCAGCGAUGAAAGAGACUGCAAAGAACUGUCGCCAUGUCGCCCCUCAGACUUUCAUUGUGGCGAUGGCCUCUGUGUCCACUCAACUUGGCGCUGUGACGGGGAGAACGACUGUCGAAACGGCCUAGAUGAGGCUAAUUGUCCAAUCAAUGAUUCAGCUCCGGUUGCUACAUGUCUCCAGGGUUCUAGGCCAUGUGCAACAGGUGACGAGUGUAUUCUAAAUGAAUUUUUGUGUGAUGGCGAAGAUGACUGCACAGAUGGAAGCGAUGAAAUAAACUGCAAAAAGUCAAUGGACUGUGGUUCAUCUGAGAUACCUUGUGCUGACGGAAACGGAUGUUUUGCGGAACGUUGGCGCUGUGACGGCGACUACGACUGCAGCGAUGGCAGCGACGAAGGUCUGGGAUGCAGACAGACAUGCGGCCCCAACGAGACCAGGUGUCCUGACAUGGAUCAGUGCAUGCCGAACAGCUGGCGCUGUGACGGUGAGAGAGACUGCAGCGAUGGCCGAGAUGAGGCAGAGUGCGGACCUGAGACGUGCUCGCCCAAUACGUUCCAGUGCCAGACAGAGGGAGCCAACCGUUGUAUAUCCUUAACUUGGGUCUGUGACAACGAGAGCGACUGCCCCGGUUGGGAAGAUGAAGCAAACUGCUCUUCUGAUUCCACUUUGAAGAGGCUUCUUCGAGGCUGAGUAAUCGCUUCAAAAACAAAAUGCUCCCUUAUUGGUGAUCUGUCCCGAAGGACUACGUAAGCUAUUGGCAUGGCUGUUUUCAACACCAGUCAUAUUUCAACGACGCUUCCGAAACCACUGCAAGUGCAAAUGUUCUACUUCCAUUUAUGAUUGGGUAGUCCGCCCCUGAUCCAAUAGUCCCUGCCAUGAAUUUAUUCAACUGAAGUUCUCUAAAAACACAAGACGCAAUGGCGCCAUCACAGUUUGCAUGUAUGUGGUACAUGUAUGUGAGAAAAUAAAUAUUUUCCAACGUUU